GUUGAAUAUAGUCACAAGUGUUUUUUAGCUCAGAAAAGAAUAUGGGUAAAAAAUAUAAAUCCAAAUCGGGGGCAAACCUAAAGAAAGUGCCAGUCACUGAAGCCAAAGAAGAACCUGAAACUCCUCGUGCUAAGAGUCCUAAGAACGUCGAAGCGAAAUGCGCUGUCCCGAAGGAACUGCCUCCUAAGAUAAGCAUGGAAAAAGCUAAGAUGCACCAAGACCAAAUGUCGGCUCUUGCCACAAUGCCUCUUCGCUUGGAUCAAAAAAUCCAGUGCAUCAAGACUGUGCAACAGGAGCUCUUUAAGCUGCACAUGCAGCAGCUGACCCUCCUCGACGACUGCACAGAAUUCCUCAAGGAACUGAACGCAGUGCAGUCGGGCAAUAACCUCGAGGAGAAGCUUGUCCUUGAGACAUUCGUCCUGGUCAAGGCCAAGCUAUCGGAUGUGUUUGAACACUUCCUGCCCGCUCAGUUGGAUAUGCUGAAGCACGAAACGAAGAUCUUGCAUGUGUCCAACCAGUUGAUGUCCAAAUAAUUUGCUAGUUUUAGUUUAUUAUUAUUGAUCUUAUUUUUAAUAAGACUUUUAAUGCAAUAUC